AUUAAUUAUAAAAUAUUCCUAUAAAUAUUGGUUAUCGUUUCAAUUCAUACAAUAAUCUGUGAUUUAAUAAAACAGAUAGAAUUGAAAACAUGAAAAUAAUUAUAGCUCUCGUAUCCAUCCAAUUGGGAUUUCUAUGUGUUUUUGGACUUACUUGUAAUGGGCCUAAUGAGGCUCUAACAUCACCGACACCUGCCUGUCCCCUCACUUGUCAGAGCCGUAACUCCAUGCGAUGUAUGGCUAUCGAAGAUGUGGCGUCGUGUCAGUGCACUAACGGCACGAUCAAAGACACCGCUUCCGGAAAGUGUGUCCCUCAGAGCCAAUGCCCCAAAUCAAAACAUAAACGACAGGCCAAUGGAUGCGGAAUAAAUGAGAAAUAUUCAACAUUUUCUCCGGUCUGUUACUAUACCUGUGCCCACCCGACUGGACCCUUGUGUAAGGCCCUCCGCUAUCCCCCGGCGUGUGUCUGUAUAUCGGGAACAGUUCGCGACACUGUUAACAACGCAAUGACAUCACCGACACCUGCCUGUCCCUAUACGUGCCAAAACCUGCAUCAAAUCCAUUGCUUCGCUCUCGAAGAAGUGGCGUCGUGUCAGUGCAUUACCGGCACCAUCAGAGACACCACUUCCGGAAAGUGUGUCCCUCAGAGCCAGUGCCCCAACCCAAUAAUGAGCCCACAAUGUCCUGCAAAUCAAACAUAUGUUCAAUCUAUGUCUGCCUGUCCGCCUACAUGUGCUAACCCGAGGGGACCCUUGUGUCAGGCGAUCAUCCGAAAGGCUGGAUGUGUCUGUAAAUCGGGAACAGUUCGCGACAAAGUUAACAACCUUUGUGUCAAACCGGCUGAUUGUCCCAAACAAUAGAUGUACCCUGAUA